CUGUACAGCGUUCACUAGACAUGUCACCUCCACUAACGUCCCCUGUGUUCAAGGUCUACAGGCGUGAACCUGAGCUACUCACCCCGGCUACGCCCACCCCUCAUGAGUUUAAGCCAUUAUCUGACAUUGAUGACCAAGAGAGUCUCCGCUGCCAUAUUCCCAUCUUACAAGUUUAUCGUUAUCACCCCUCUAUGCAAGGGAAAGACCCUGUUAAGGUCAGCAGGGAGGCUCUUGCUCAAGCACUUGUCUUUUACAAUCCAUUUGCGGGUAGGCUUCGAGGAGGGCCUAAUCGCAAGCUUUUGGUGGAAUGCACCGGUGAAGGUAUCCUGUUUAUGGAGGCUGAUGCUAAUGUUAAACUUGAUCAGUCCGGCGACGCACUUCAACCCCCGUUCCCUUACUUGGAGGAACUUCUUCUUGACGUCCCUGGCUCAAGUGAGACGCUUAAUUGCCCUCUCUUGCUAAUUCAGGUAACACGCCUUAAGUGCGGUGGUUUUGUUUUUGCCCUUCGUCUGAAUCACACCAUGAGUGAUGCACCUGGUAUUGUCCAGUUCUUGUCAGCCGUGGCCGAGAUGGCUCGAGGGGAGCAAGCCCCUUCCAUCCGCCCAGUGUGGCAAAGGCAUGUACUUAAUGCAAGGAACCCACCUCGUGUCACAUGCAUGCACCGUGAAUACGAUGAGGUUAAAGACAACAACAGUACAAGCAAUGCAAGGGUUCCAUUUCCGCUUCAUGACAUAGUUGACAAGUCAUUUUUUAUUCGAUCAACUCAAUUGUCUGCUCUUCGAAGAUUUGCCCCUCCCCACCUCCAUGGGUGUUCUACUUUUCAAAUAUUAACUGCAUAUUUAUGGAAAUGUCGAACAAUCGCACUCCAACCAGACCCCAAACAAGAGAUGCGCCUGAUAUAUCUUAAUAAUGUGCGCAAAAAAUUCAAUCCUCCUUUAUUACCAGAAGGGUAUUACGGUGCGUCGUCGACGGUGGUUGCAACUGCUGAAGAACUCACUCAAAAUCCGAUAGGUUAUGCAAUAGAAUUGGUGAGGAAGGCUACCACGGAUGUGAGUAGAGAGUAUCUACAAUCCACAGCCGAUCUAAUGGUGAUUAAGGGUAGGCCUCAUUUGCACGUGGAGGGAAGUUACAUUGUGACGGACGUGAGACAUGCACGCUUUAGAGAGGUAGAUUUUGGAUGGGGCAAAGCUAUGUAUGGUGGGCCUGUGAAAGCCAUCCCUAUAGUUGCAAGCGUUUAUGUACCUUUUGAAAAUAAGAAAGGUGAAAAUGGAAUUGUGUUUCCAAUUUGCUUGCCAACCCAAGCAAUGGAAAGAUUUGCAAAGGAGGUAAACAAUUUGUUGGAGAGCCAGCCAAUCCAUGGUGUCAUCAACGGAUCUUCACGCGUGUCUGCUUUAUAAGCUCAGGUGUUGUUGUUUGAAAUUUUCUUUCUUGGAAAGGCAUUGUAUUAAUAAGCAUAGUGAAUUUACUAUUACAUCAAUGAAGCCUCUGCUUUAAUUUAA